AUGACGUUGAUAAGCGAUCCUAGAGAAGAAUCUGUUGGUGAUUUGUAUGCAGAAGGUGGAACGGAGAAUUACAUAUCAGCGAUGAAAUACUUUGUGGAAACUUUCGGAUGCAUCUUCGGACUAUUUUUUAUUGAUUUAGGAGACCGUGAUUUGCAACUGUACGAGCCGGAGUUAGCGAUAGUUGAUGAAUGGCAGGAUGUGAAGCUUUGCGAUCAUGGUCCUGAAUGGUCUUCUGUUUCUAAUGAAGAAAUUUAUAAAUUCUGCGAAAAGUUACGAAAUGUUUGGAUUUAG